AUGCCGCUUACAACCACUGUCAUUGGUAGCUACCCGAAACCCGACUACCUCGGUAUUCCUGAUUGGUUUGACGGGCUUACAUCGACAGAACGGUACAGUGCUAUAUGGAAUCGCAGGCCCCACGAUCGUCGUAUUAAAGGAUUCAAUUUCAAUAUGCUCACUGAGACUUCCACGCGUAAUGGAGCUUGGACAGCCAAACUACCAACUAUCACAGGCAAGAUUGAGCUCAUGGAUGGAAAUACGUGGGCGGCUGAAGAAUGGAGAGGUGCCCAGAAUUUGACAGACACUCCCGUUAAAUUCACGAUUCCUGGUCCCGCAACUUUAAUUGGGUCAACCCACAAUGCAUUUUAUGAUGAUAAACGGACGUUGAGUGAAGAUCUGGUAAAAGUAAUAAACUACCAAAUACGUGCGCUAGCUAAAGCAGGUUGCCGACAUAUUCAGUUGGACGAACCUGUUUUUGCAAGAUUCCCUGAUACUGCAUUGAAUUAUGGGAUAGAACAUGCGGAACGGUGUUUUGAUGGUAUCGGUUUGGAAGUUGAAAAGACGGUUCACAUAUGCUGUGGUUAUCCCUGCUAUCUUGACCAACAAGAUUACCAGAAAGCUGACCAAGAAGCGUACUUCAAGAUUAUUGAUAAGUUAGACAGCGCUGGGUUUGAUGCAAUUUCUCUCGAGGACGCACACCGCUAUAACGAUCUGAGACUCCUUGAUCGAAUCAAGAAAUCCAAAGUUGUCUUAGGCGCUGUUACCAUAGCAAACAGUCGCGUGGAAACUGUCGAGGAGAUACGUAAUCGAUUAGAGGAAGUGUUACGUCACAUUCCCGCUAGCCGUCUGAUGGUUUCACCAGACUGUGGCCUGGGGUUUCUACCGCCCCCUAUUCUUAAGGAAAAACUUGCUAACAUGGUAGCUGCAGCAAAAUCUAUCCAGUGUGACCCAGAAGUGAUAUGCUGA